AUGUCGCAGUUCAGAGGCAACAGCGGAACGUUGAUUAUCAUUGUUGGUAGGGCUAAGGAUCUACCGAAUAAGCGGAAGCUGGAGAAGCAAAACCCAUACUGUCUUUUGAGAAUAGCCAACCUGACGGACAAGACAAAUGCGGAUCUACGUGGAGGACAGGUGCCCAGAUGGGAUGAAGAGUUCAGGUUCACGAUAUCGCCAGAGAUCUCGCCGGUGUUGAAGUUGAGCGUGCUGGACGAGACGAAGAAGGCCCCAACGUUGAUUGCAGAGGCAGAGAUUGAUUUUACACCGGUGUUCUACUCAUCAGUGAAAGAAGGAUAUGAUAAGUGGCAUCCCCUAACGUCCGGCUCAAGAGAAGCUGGUGAGAUUUACCUGGAAAUGACUUUCUACCCAGCUAGUAGUGCUACUGUGUCGAGAAAGUCCAUGUCAAUGUCAACGACGAGUUCCCAGUCUCCAAAAAAGCGGUCAUUACCACCAGUUCCAGGACAACAGUCACCACCACUUUCUGGCGGAGAAAAUAAUAGUGCAAGAGUGGUAUAUUCUAUACCACCACCAUUACCAAGGGUGAACAAUGUCCAGACUCGACUCGGGGAUAGUUUUAGAGCGUCUCAAACAUCUGUGCAUUCUCUUCCAGAUGUUCCAAGACAGAAUGAUAUAAGGAACAACAACAUUCAUGACCACCAGGAAGUAUUUGUGGAAGAACCAUCACCUCCUAUUGAAAAAGUAGAUUCAAAUGAAGACAGAGACAACGAUUGGAUGUCGUAUGCUAAGAAGCUAACGUCGAACUCUUCCAGAUCUAGGAUGUCUCCUACGAGAUUUGGGACGUCAUUACCACCUGUUCCUCCCAAACAUUAG